AAAAUUGCACAUCAUUACGGCGACGAUAGCACAAUAGAAAUCAUCUUAUUCUAUUGGAGUAUAUCACAUUUCGUCUUUAUCAAUUUCAAUUAAAGUUUUCAUUCAUCAUUUAUUCGCUAGUGUCGAAUAAGAAUAGACGUAGUCCAAGACGUAUCGAUAGGCGUCGCACACCUUCUUCAAGAUAAGUAAUUUAUCGAAAAAUGUGCGACUACGAAAACGAUAUUUUAGUGGAACUAUCCAACGACGAUAUAGAAGCAUAUCGUGUGUUCUACAAAAGUCUCAAGAACAUCGAAUACGUUUACGUUCAUUUGUAUUUGAAAAAUCAACUGCGAUGGAACAUUUUAAUGAGGGAAUACACGGAACAGGAAAAGAACGCGAUCAGCGAUCGGUGCAAGAUGAGAUUCUAUCGACAUCGCAACGGUAACAGUGAGUGGAAAACCAUAAUCGGACUGACCGGCGAUAAGGAGUACACAAUGUUCGUGAUGACACUGGAAGAGUCAUUGAGCGAACUGAGAGAAUGUUUGGAACAAUCGAAAAUUAUCAAAUGGCAUCAGUUACCUUUAUGUGUCGCCAUACAUGAGCGUUUCCAGGCAGUAAUGUUCGCCGAAUUCGCGAAACGACAAUUAAAUGUUCGAUUUAACAACCGUUGCACUACGUUUUGGAUGGAUCAGGGAAGGGCUUCGAGUGUCGACUACACGGUUCCAAGCGAUGUUGAACUAAAGAAGUUGAAUGUGUCCGAUUACGUUCAGAUGAAUGAAACCUGGCCCUACAAAUACCCGGGAUCCGAGAUCUUCAUCAGAUCUCUUAUCCAAUUGAAUGGUGGACUGGGAGUGUAUUUAAGCGGAGAAUUGAUCACUUGGAUGUUGCAUAUUGAAUGUUUUGGCAUAGGUCUUCUGCAAACGGUAGAACAGCAUCAGGGAAAAGGGUAUGCACGACUGCUGACUCGAGCGUUGACUCAACUAGUCAGCAAAAAAUAUAACGAGGACGUGAUACUGUUCGCAUCGCACGGAAAACCGAAAACCGUUGAGUUGUAUCAUCGUUAUGGAUUUCAGCAUGUCUCGUUCACGCAUUGGUUUUAUUUGGAGCAUAUUCGGAGCAACGGUGAGAGUUAGGAAUUGAGAUAAUCUGCAUACGAUAGCUUUACGAUUCAUUCACCGGGACCUCACCUCUGAAAAACUCACUUGAAUGUUUGUCAUUAAUCUAAGAAAGAAACAUUUGUGGCGCUGGGAACACUGACUUGCCUUUAAUAAAUUCCUCUGGGCAUCUUCAGACAUCACAAU